AUGAUUACAACGCAGAGUACAGUACAAAAUACGACCUCAAAGCUGCGUGGGUCUAUACACAAAAAUUUGUACGAACCAACGUUCCACAAUAUUCCAAACGAGUCGCAGGAUUCCAUACCGAGCAAAGUUCAGUUCUCUCAAGGGUCUAACACAUUAUUAAAAUCUAAAGGUGAUGUGCUUAAUUUUCUUCCAGAUUCACUAACAAAGCUACUCCCAGAAGUCAAUAUAAAAGUGACCUUAUUAUGUUUGUUUUGGUAUGUCACAUCAUCUAUUUCGAGUAAUAUAUCGAAAGCUAUUUUGCGUGAGUUUCCUCAUCCUGUAGCUCUUACAGAGCUGCAGUUUUUGACGAAUGCAGCCCUGUGUCUAUUAUUUGCGACGUUAAUAAAUUACUGCAGGACUCAGCAAUUUAACUUUCACUGGAUUUCGAAUACAUUACAAAACCUCCCUGAGGGGUUACUUCCAACAUACCUAAAUGGUAGUUUCUAUGACUGCAUAUGGUCUAAGUUCUUGGCCGUUGAUAAAACAGCGUUGGUUUCGACGUUUCCAAUGGGGCUUUUUCAGUUUUUUGGUCAUGUAACCUCAUACAAGGCAACAUCGUUAAUUCCAGUGUCUUUGGUGCAUUCUGUUAAGGCCCUUUCUCCGAUUGUUACGGUUUGUUGGUAUAGAUUUGCAAAGGGGAAGCGCUUUAAUUCAAUGACAUACUUAACAUUGAUACCCUUGAUGUCUGGUGUUAUGUUAACAUCGUCGGCGAGAACACCUACCAAGGAGUAUUCUAAAGACCUUUCUGACACUAGGUCUACGCCAUCCGCGGCAGAUAGCUUCUACAUUAUCGGUCUAUUCUUUGCCGCUAUAUCGAUGGCCAUCUUUGUUGCUCAGAAUAUAUUUUCAAAAUCCAUCUUGACUGUGAAGAAGAAGGAAUUGCUUCCCAGUCAGAAGAAAACUUCAAAUCAUGUCAGCGUUGCAGCUUCAUAUAAUUUGGACAAAAUCACCAUUUUAUUUUACUGUUCUUGCAUUGGCUUCUUGCUGACAUUGCCUAUAGUGAUUAUAACAGAACUAUUGCCUUCUAGAAGUGUGUUCGCCGACUUCACAUACCGCACACUUUUUUUAUUCCUCAUAUAUGGCUUUACGCAUUUUACACAGGCCAUGCUAGCUUUCCAGCUAAUUGGCCGUCUCUCACCAGUGACAUACUCCAUUGCAAAUAUAAUGAAGAGGAUUGUUGUCAUAGGUGUAGCUUUAACGUGGGAAUCCCACUUCUCAACUAGACAAAUUUUGGGACUAAUCAUGACCGUUAUUGGUUUGUACGGUUACGAUAAAUGGGGCAAUAAGGUAUCGAACCAUUCUCAUUGA